AUUCCCUCAAGCAACAUUAAACAGAAGGAGGAAGUACUUUUUUCUGACUGAUGAACUGAAACGGUUGAAAAUAAGAUUCCGUUGGGAGAAAAAAGAAGGAAUAAUGGUCACAUAUAAAGAGGAAAAGCACUGGUUAACCUCAGAAGAUAAGGCUAAGGAGUUUUACAAGAGGUACAUAAAGGGAAAAAGUGAAAUACCUUCAGAAACCACUCCCCCCUCAGUCAAAAGAAAGAAAGCUAAAAGAGCGAGAUACCAUUCGGAGGAAAAACAGAAGCUUAAAACGGACUCAUUCUAUAAACUAGUAAAUGUGUCAGAUGAGGGGGAAGAGGGGAGCUCUGAAGAAGAAGAAGAAAGAGAGGACAAGGAAGCGGAAGAAGAAGAAGAGGGAAUAGGGUCGGAAAAAGAGCAGGAAUUGGAGGAAGACAAAGCGCAGAUGACAUCAGAUAAUCCCCAUGAAAACGAGAAUGACGGCCAGAAUAACUCUAGCAAAACAAUGGAAGUCUGAACAGAUUCCAGAGCUGGAGCAAUGGAUGGAGAAGAUAGACGAAAUAAAGAAUAUGGACAAACUAACUUGGUAUUUGAAAGAAACUAGAGGAAAACCAAUAAAGAAGACAAAUUGGGAUAAAGUGGAUAUGUAUUUUCAACAGAGGUAUAUGCAGAAACGAACCGGGACAUUGAAAGAAAGUUAAUUUAAAAGUUAAAAAUUUAAUGCCGAUAUAAGAGGAAAGAACGGAAGUUUUGUAUUGGAUCAGCCCCCUCCCUCCCCUCCCUUUCCCUCCCCAACCUUGACCCCCCCCCCCUUUUUUUUUUUUGUUCCCCCCCCCAACACUGUUUAUCCCCACUGUAACUCCCCGUUUUUAACUUGCUUUGUAUGUUUUCACUAUCUGCAAAUUAUUCAAUAAAAAUUA